AUGUACCGCCGCCGUGUUUUGGGAGCUACACUCAGCGAGGCGGGGUGCCAAGAGCCCCACAGCUCGCACAGCUCGCAAUCUCGCGAUGGAUAUGAGGAGUCGGAGAAGAAGGCCUUUUAUGAUGGUUGCCCGACCAAUGCGCAGGGCGCCGGAGGAGGCUUUCAGGGAUUUUUGGCUGAUUUUGCUGCAUAUCUGGUGCUGGGACGAUUCGUGUAG